AUGUCGACAACAACAACUAUUGAACCAAAGAAAGAAUCAUUGGGUAUAUCAGCUGCUCUCAUUCUCAGUCUUGUUGGAUUGACACUUCUUCUUGUCAUUGCUAUCCUGAUCAAACGAGAAAUUCGUCGAGGAAAUGUUAAAUCUAAACGUGAUGGACAUUUUUGGUCAUGUAAAUUUUUUCGACGAUAUACUCAAUCAAAAUUGCCUACAGAUGGAAAAGUCCCUACUAAAAUCAAACCACCAUGGCUUCUUGUUGGUCACCAUGAAUUACCUGAACGUUUUUAUACAAAAGAUGAAUGUCCACAAUAUAUUGCUCGAAUGUUUACAAUUGAUCUUUAUAAUGUUUUACAACAUACUUGUCAAGAAACAUUUUCUGAUAUGGAUACAAAUUUACCAUUUGAAUCUUAUUUAAUUAAUAAUUAUCCAUCAUUAAAUGAAACAAUACAUUCAUUUCGAAGACUUAAAAUUCGAGCAGAAAUUGAUCUAGUGCCAUUUACUCUCGAUGAUACAAAAGUUGCAAUUAAGAUGUUUAAUCAAUUAUUACAAAAAUUAUCUGAAUUUGUUAAUAAUCCAUAUCUUCGUCAACGUCAAAUAAAUAUGCCAAUUAGUACACAAAAUGAAGAACAAAGAAUAAAAAUGAGUUCAAAUUAUAUUCCAUUAUUACCAAAAGAUUUAUGUCAUAUACCACUACGACCAGUUGAUGAUGAUUCAUUAGAAAAUAGAAAUAAAAGAUCACGUUCGAAAGGUCGUUUUCCUUUUCAUUUACCAUCAGUUUUCAAACGUAAAUUUUUUACAACGAAAUCAUCAUCAACACAAAUGUCACAAUUAUCCAAAGAUAGAGAUGAACAACCGUCUUCAAAUAUUGCAAAUUCAGGUGAAGACAAUGAACAUAUUGAUUCUACAGUUGAUAAUACAACGGUUAAACAAAAUCGUCAAAAAAUUAAACGACAAGCUGCUACAGAUGCUAUACCCUUAGUAGAAUUUCAUGAUGCACUUUCACAGUCAACAACAUUUGGUUCAGACGCAGAACACCAGUCAUAA